AUGUCUGCUCUUGCUGCACUUGCUGAUGAGGAAGAUUUCCUUUCUAAUGUGCCUCAUGAGAUGGAAAGUGAUUUAGGAUGGUUACUAGACUUACCAGAUGACCCUUUCAAAGACAGCCGUGAUAUUUUCGCACUUUAUAACGGUACAGAUUUUGAGGAAGCACACCCCACAGGGGGUAAAACAAACUAUUAUCGCGAAAUGGUUUGGAGCAAGUGGCUGAUUUUCUGCGAGAAAUUAGCAAUUGACAGUGAGACGGUCUUCGAAGACUUAAGCAUGGAUCAAGACUCCGCGAAAAAUAUUUGUUUCGCUUUCUUGCAUAGCUAUGUGGUAAACUCAAAAGUUCGACGACCCUGCUUAGGACCGGAAGAGUGGCAUAUGGUCCAAACAGUGACCUGUGCUGUGACUGUGGAAGACGUUUGGCAAGCCCUGGUGCAAAAUGCAAACAGAAAAAUUCUCCGACCUAAAACAAAGAAAGGAGGCCAAGAUUCGCGCUCCUGGGAACUGAAAUUUAUCAGUCGAUAUGGCGGCGGGGGUGUCGGCCCUGCUUAUGAUGUCGCAAGAGCUACGAUUUACGAUAUCAACGAUGUCAUGCCGCCAAAUAUGCUUGUUAUCACAUUUGGCCGCUAA